AAAAAUAAUUGAAAAUCAAAUCACAUUUUUUCGAGUAUUGGGAUAAUUCAAAAUUAUGAUACCGAUUAUGGAUAAACUAAUAUGAAAUGGUGGUUUCUAAAGGCAAGCUGAAAUUUGAUCAAUUUUGAAAAUAUACAGUGAAUUCCUUGCAAUCCAUCAAGCACAGGAAGAGGGACUAUAAACCCUAAUCCCCAUUAGUGCAGAGAGGUCUUGUAAGGGAAAUGCUCAUCAGAUUCAGAGGCAAAGCUGUAGUUGUAUCAACUCACUGUCUCAUAAAUCAUUGCAAUGGCUUUAGAGACUUCCGUUUCACAUCUCAAUAUCUCUACUCAUCAACCUCUACACCUGCCCCGACCCAUUUCUUGGUGAAAUACCUUGUUGAUUCUCUCGGAUUCUCCGAUGAAGAAGCUGCCUCUACAUCCUCCAAGGUAACUUCAUUGAAAAACUUAAAGAAUCCUCAUUUAGUCAUCAAUUUCUUGAAACAAAUCGGUUUAGACGACACCCAGAUGAAAAAAAUGGUUUCUUUAGCACCCAAAAUGCUAUUAUCUGAUGUUUCCAAAACCCUAAAACCCAAAUUCCAGUGCCUCAUGGAUAUCGGGUUAUCCGGGUCGGACCUGGUGGAUGUAAUUGCUAAAGAUUCAAAAAUUGUUGAAAGAGGUUUAGAUACUCAUUUGAGACCUACAAUUGAUUGUCUUAGGAGAACUUUGGGUAGUGAUGAAAAUGUAGUUAAGGCGUUAAAGAGAGCUCCUUGGUUGCUUACUUUUGGUGCUCAUAAUAUUAUGGAGACUAAUAUACUGUUGUUGAAAAAUUGUGGUGUUCCUGAUGAGGGAAUGAAAACACUCCUGCUUAGAAAUCCUAGGUAUUUUGCACAAAAGCCUGAGUGGAUUAAGAGUUUGUUGCAUAGGGUGGAGAAUGAUUUUCGAGUUCCGCUUGACUCUCCUAUGUUUCCUUAUGGAUUUCAUACAUUAGCCUCGCAAAAGCAGUGUACCGUGGAUAGGAAGAUUGGAAUUUUCAAGAGUUUUGGAUGGUCUGAUAAUGAGAUACUUGAGAUGUUUGGUAAGUUCCCUUAUUGUAUUGCUCAGUCAGAGGUCAAAAUUCAGAAAGCAUUGAAUCUUUACAUGAAUGAGCUUGGUUCUGAACCUGCUUACUUGGCUUCUCAGCCGUCAGUUUUGAUCUAUAGUCUGGAAAAAAGGGUGCUACCUCGGAUGCAAGUCUUGAAAAUUUUGGAUGAAAAUAAGCUUGAGAGGAGAAAGUUGGCUCUUUAUACUGUUGUGAGCUUAUCAGAGACAAAGUUCAUUGAUUAUUUUGUGCUGCCCUACAAGGAUCAGAUACCUGAUUUGUAUGAAUUACUUAAGAAAACUGUGGCUCCCUAGCCGUUUUAGUUUAACCUUUUUAAAAUCAUAUUUUGUAGGCCGAUGUGUUUCUUUUUUCAGUUUGUAUUCUGAAAAUUACAAUCGGGGUGUCAUUUCUGUCCUUGUAAAGGAAAAAUAUCAUUGGAGGUUUGAGAAGUAUUUAUUUGCUUCCCAUUUGGAAAUUCUUCCUUUUCUGAUUACGAACUGUUUGCUAAUCAAUCCAUUUAUUGCCACAUGA